GCAGAUUAUAAUGUAUUAGAAAAUACAAAUAACAAAAUAUAUGGUGUUUUACCGUACAUCGCUCCUGAAAUUUUACGAGGACAAAGUUAUACCAAAGCUGCUGAUAUCUAUAGUUUUGGUAUAAUUAUGUAUGAAGUGAUUUCAGGAUUACCUCCUUAUCAUGAAGUGAACCAUGAAAAACCUUUGGCAUUAAGUAUUUGUCAAGGACUCAGACCAAUUUUUAAAAUCAAAGUACCUAAAUUGAUUUUGCAUUUAAUUAAAAGGUGCUUGGAUGCAAGUCCAUCAAAUAGACCAACAAUAAAUGAAAUUAAAAUAACGUUUGAACAAUGGUGGUUCGUAGAAUAUAAUAGUUACCGAAAGGAUCCAGAUAAUCCAAACUAUGAGACUGAAUUAAUAAAGCAAAUUAAAGACGCGGAAAAGAUUAAUAAUAAUUUAACGACUGAUAAUAUAACUUCAACUAAUUUAGCUUUAUCAUAUGAAACGCACCCUGAAGCUAUUUAUACAAGUAGAUUACUUGAUUUUAAUAAUCUACCUGAGCCAAAAAAUUCCGACGGUUAUUAUGAACAAUAUGAUAAUAUAUCAAGCAUGAAAUACCCAGUAUAUUUACGAACUUCACAAUCUUUACAAAUACUAGAUAUUACUAAAUUGAAAAUGAUCAGUUAAAAAAAUUUUUAAAAUUUAAUUAAAUUUUUCAAUAAACAAUUAUUGAUUGAUUUAUUUUUAUAAAGAUGAAAUGGAGAUAUUUAGAGAAUAAAUAUUGACAUA